UGUCCGACGGAAAAGAGCCCACCCUGACCAAACCCAUGGUGGGUGUAGAGGAUGCAGGCAAUUACCGCUGCGAGUUGGGCUUGGUGAAGUCCAGUCCAGCCACAAUCAUCCAUUUUCAUGUUACAGUGUUGCCCAAAAGGGCCCAGGAGGAGACACCAUCACCAACCACUGCAACAACCGCACAGGACACGAUGACCUCGCAGUCGUCCACACCCCUUCUGUCUCCGAAAUCCGAUAGUAUACUGAAAGACCGCCUUGCAGGGCUGCUGAUGUGGAUCUCGCUGGUGCUGAUAGUUUGCCUCGUCUUAGCCAUGUGUUGUCGAAAGAAGGUGAUAGAUUACAUAACACUUAAACUAUUCUGUACUGACCAAGAAGAGGAAAAGAAAUCCCAGGGUCCAUCUCGGGCUCCAUCUCGGGCUCCAUCUCGGGCUGCAUCUCAGGGUCCAUCUCAGGUUUCAUCCAGGGUUCCAUCCCAGGUUUCUUCAUCCCAGGUUCCAACGAGAACAUCCUCAGACUUAAGGAGCGAAUAAAGAUUCAU